UUCCACAAUUAUUGGCCGCUUGUAUCUCCUCUUUUGUGAUGUCUUUAUCCUUGUGACACCACCAGUGUUCUAAAGUCCACUCUUGGCUCUUCUCUACAAAAUCCUCUGCUUUGUGACCCAACCUUCAGGGCCUCUGCCAAUCCCGUGGAUCCCUUCAGAUGUUCGCCAUCUCCCUAGAAGCUGAGAGAAGCCACCUGGGCACCGCUGAAGUUAUUCCUGAAGAGCAACGGCUGUGACAACCUUCUCUCUCACCCGCAAAUUGGGCCAGAAUCUUUCCUCCUUUGGAAUAAAUCUCACCUAGAAGAUUAUGGUGUAUCUGAAGAUUAAGAUUGGUGUAUGGUGUAUCUGAAGAUUAAGAAGAUUAAGGUGUAUACACCUUAUGGUGUAUCACCUAGAAGAUUAUGGUGUAUGAUUGCUAUCAUUGGUUCCCUGAAGAACUUUUACUGAAAUGGAUCGUGAGAGUAAUUAAUUUGGGGGCUGUGUCCUUGGUUUUGAAUGCUGCAGAGUAGAAGAGCAUGUUUGGAUUGAUACAGGACUUACAGCUCAUCCUUGAAAAAUAGAAGGUGGAGAUACAUGAUCCAGGAAUACACAAGAGAUUAUUCAAGAGGCAACAGCCAGCAUGGUGGACUGGACAGAAACCACUGGAAGGCAUGUGUAUCCUGACAAGAUGGACUACCCAAAGUCCCCUAUAAAUGCCAAGUGGAACACCCCAGAUGAAGCAGCUAUGUUUCAUACACAAGCCAUGUGGGAUUGGCUUUGUGAUGGCCAGGAUGUUCACCUGCUGAAUAUGACAUUACCUUUGACAUAUGGAGGUAUGUCCUUGACACAGGAGCCAAGUGCACUGGGAAUUCACAACCUGUUGGUGAAGUUUAACAGGAGCUAAGAUUGGAGUAGGCGGAUAUGCAGGUGCAGUAAUUGAUGGAAUUGAAAGUCAGGAUGGAAAUUGAUGGUGGUUCCAAAAUGCAUGGCCAGUAUCCUGUUUGAAAAGCUGCUGUGUUAAGACUGUCAGAUGGAAAGACUGGUAGAAGGUCGUCUCUCAAUGGGUUGAACUGUGUGCUGUUGUCUAGCUGUGAUGAAGUAUUGAACAUUGGUUAAAAGCCCCUGUGUUUGGGUUUUUAUGGACUCAUGGGCAGUAGCCAACAGCCUGGCCAUGUGGUCAAGGUAGCUGGGCAAGCAAAAACUUGACUAUUAAGGGGCUGCCUGAAUAGGGUGAAGCCAUGUGGAAAUCACUCUGGGGAUUUAAGGAACACAUUAAAGCAGGGCAUGUUGAUGCCCAUUGGACAAACUUCCUUCCAGAUUUACAAGGUGAUAGAAACCACCAGGUAGACCUUUUGGUGCACUCCCUUGAGGUGGCCACCUAGUUUUAUGAAAUGGGUGGACACGUGGGUGCUGAAGCAAUACAGAGGUGGGCUGAAUCUAGACAUAUUCCUCUCGCACUUUUUGAGGCACAAAAUGCUAACAAGAGAGAGAAAGACUGCAGAUGGCGCUGGGAAAGAUGCCCCCGGGAGGAUGGCCCUGCACACAGCUGACAUGCGGACUACAUUGGACCAGUGCUGACGUCAGACCUGUACUCUGCAGGCAAAUGUUUAUAUGGACGGUCCCAGGCAGCCCGGAAGGGGAAGAAAUACCAGAGGAGCACACCCUGCUCAGGGCUGCCGCUCUUUCAAAGUCCAGGGAAUUGGGGGCUGAGACUGGACUCACCACUGAGCUCUUCAAUGCAUACAGAACAUUUCCUGUACUUCAAAAGGCUCCUGCUUCACAGAGGCCACAGGAGACCUUCUGCCCUAAGAGGAAGCCGCAGGGCCCAGCUGCACCCUGAGUUUGGAGUACCCCGCUUCCCUCUUACUUGUCUGGUACACCCCUUGGUGUUCCUCAAGACCCAGCUGAGAUGUGACCUUCUCCAGGAAGCCUUCCUGAGUCUCCUCAGGGCUCAUGAAAGGAGAGCAGCAUGAGGAGCAGGGGCUGGGCCCCGACCCUGCGGCACCCCCGCAGCCCAAAGAGGAGGAGGAGGCCCUGAUCGAGUUCCACCGCUCCUACCGAGACCUCUUCCAGUUCUUCUGCAGCAACACCACCAUCCACGGUGCCAUCCGCCUGGUGUGCUCCCAGCACAACCGCAUGAAGACGGCCUUCUGGGCUGUGCUCUGGCUCUGUGCCUUCGGCAUGAUGUACUGGCAGUUCGGCCAGCUGUUCGGGGAGUACUUCAGCUACCCCGUCAGCCUCAACAUCAACCUCAACUCGGACAAGCUCGUCUUCCCCGCCGUCACCAUCUGCACCCUCAAUCCCUACAGGUACACGCAAAUUAAAGAGGAGCUGGAGGAGCUGGACCGCAUCACAGAGCAGACGCUCUACGACCUGUACAAAUACAACUCCUCCAGCACCCUGGGGACCCACCCCCGCGGUCGUCGCGACUUGCGGGAGCCCUGGCCGCACCCCCUGCGGCGCCUGUGGGCCCCGGCCCCGCCCCCCGGGGCCCGCGGAGUCCGCAGCGCCGCCUCCAGCGUGCGGGACAAUAACCCCCAAGUGAACAGGAAGGACUGGAAGGUCGGCUUCCAGUUGUGCAACCGGAACAAAUCGGACUGCUUUUACCAGACGUACUCGUCAGGGGUGGAUGCAGUGAGGGAGUGGUACCGUUUCCACUACAUCAACAUUCUUUCUCGACUGCGGGACACUUCUCCAUCCUCGGAGGAGGACAUGCUGGACAACUUCAUCUUUGCCUGUCGCUUCAACCAGGCCUCCUGCAAUCAGGCGAAUUACUCCCACUUUCACCACCCGAUAUAUGGGAACUGCUACACUUUCAAUGGCAAGAACAACUCUAACCUCUGGAUGUCUUCCAUGCCUGGGAUCAAAAAUGGUCUGUCCCUGACGCUGCGCACAGAGCAGAAUGACUUCAUCCCGCUGCUGUCCACAGUGACCGGGGCCAGGGUAAUGGUGCAUGGGCAGGAUGAGCCUGCCUUCAUGGACGAUGGCGGCUUUAACUUGAGGCCUGGUGUGGAGACCUCCAUCAGUAUGAGGAAGGAAGCCCUGGACAGACUUGGGGGCGACUAUGGUGACUGUACCAAGAAUGGCAGUGAAGUCCCCGUGGAGAACCUUUAUCUUACCAAGUAUACACAGCAGGUGUGUAUCCAUUCCUGCUUCCAGGACAGCAUGAUCAAGGAGUGUGGCUGUGCCUACAUCUUCUAUCCGUUGCCCAAGAACGCGGAGUUCUGUGACUACAGGAAGCAUAAUUCCUGGGGUUACUGUUACUAUAAGCUCCAGGAUGCCUUUUCCUCAGACCGCCUGGGGUGUUUCACCAAGUGCCGGAAGCCGUGCAGUGUGACCAGCUACCAGCUCUCUGCUGGUUACUCACGAUGGCCCUCAGUGACAUCCCAGGACUGGAUCUUCCAGAUGCUAUCCCGACAGAACAAUUAUACUAUCAACAACAAAAGAAAUGGGGUCGCCAAACUCAACAUCUUCUUCAAGGAGCUGAACUACAAAACCAAUUCUGAGUCUCCCUCUGUCACGAUGGCCACUCUCCUGUCCAACCUGGGCAGCCAGUGGAGCCUGUGGUUCGGCUCCUCGGUGCUGUCUGUGGUGGAGAUGGCUGAACUCAUCUUUGACCUCCUGGUCAUCACGUUCCUCAUGCUGCUCCGGAGGUUCCGAAGCCGAUACUGGUCUCCAGGCCGAGGGGGCAGGGGUGCCCAGGAAGUGGCCUCCACUCCAGCUUCCUCCCUCCCGUCCCAUUUCUGCCCCCACUCCACAUCCCCACCAGGCCCUGCUACCUCCCCGGCCUUGAUGGCCCCUCCGCCUGCCUAUGCCACUCUGGGUCCCUGCCCAUCUCCAUCCAACUUGGUGGAGGCCAGCUCCUCUGCCUAUACUCUGGGGGAGCCUUGAGAGGGAAGGGAAGUGCCCUCCCCUCCCAAGGCAGGCGCUUCCCCUGGUGGGAGGGGAGCAGGCUUGGCAGGAUUAAAGAAUGUCUUGGGACUUCCUCUCA